AUGGCCUCCGCCAAAUUCACCGUCUUCCAGCCGGUCCCCGUCCCGUCGGGGCCGCCCGAGUACGAAGCGCAGCGCGCGUCCAUCCUGGCCGAGUUCGCCGCCAAGGUGCUGCGGGAGCUGUUCCUGCCGCAGGCCGUCUUCGACAGCGCGCCGAGGAACGUCACGGCCAUCCCGCGCGAGUGCGGGCUGCUGACGGCCGAGGAGCUCGCCAUCACGGAAAACUACGACGCCGUGACGCUCGCCGAGGCCAUGCGGACCCGCAAACUCACCGCCGUCGCCGUCGCCACGGCCUUCGCCAAGCGCGCCAUCAUCGCCCACCAGCUGACGAGCUGCCUGAGCGAGUGGUUCAUGGACGAGGCCGUCGCGCGCGCGCAAGAGCUCGAUGCGCACCUCGCGCGCACCGGCAUCACUGUCGGCCCGCUGCACGGCGUGCCCGUCAGCCUCAAAGAGAUAAUCCCGCUCGCCGGCCACACCAGCUCGACCGGACUCCUAGUGACGCGGCACGUCGACGACGCCGACAGCCAGCUGGUAGCGAUCCUGCGCGCCGCGGGAGCCGUCUUCUACUGCAAGACGGCGCAGCCGCAGGCGGUGAUGUCGUACGAGAGCGCGUCGCCGGCGGGCCGCGUGCUGAACCCGCACCACACGGGGCUGUCGGCGGGCGGGUCGUCGGGCGGCGAGGCCGCGCUGGUGGCGCUGCGCGGGUCGGUCCUGGGCAUCGGCUCCGACAUUGGCGGCAGCGUGCGCGGGCCCGCCGCCCUGUCCGGCGUCUACGGCUUCAAGUCGACGUCGGCGGCCCUGUUCCCCAUCCACGACUUUGUCAAGGGCGGCUUCGCGGCCACGAUGACCGUGCCUGCGGCUGCCGGCCCAAUCGCCUCGUCGCUGCGCGGCAUAGAUUUGUUUACUUCUGUGGUGCACGCCGCCCGCCCGUAUCUUCAGGAUCCCAGCCUCGCGCCGCUGCCGUGGUCUGGGCUAGCGGGUACAGGUUCUGCCAAAAAACCGCUCAAGGUCGGGUUCAUGACGCACGACGGCGCCAUCGUGCCGCAGCCGCCCGUGCUGCGCGCGCUGGCCUGGGCGCGCGCGCAGCUCGACGCGGCCGCGCCGGGACAGUUCGAGACAAAGGAUUUCGCGCCGUACGGCAGCGCGCAGGUGAUGGCCAGCCAGCGCGCGGCGUACUGGCCCGACGGCGGGCGCGGGCUCAAGGCGGCGCUGGCGGCCGCCGGCGAGCCCAUGUUCCCGCUGACGGAGUGGAUCAUCCGGGACGGUGCCGCGGCGACAGAGGUAACGGGCGAGAUGAGCGCGACAGGCGUGCUAGCGCUGCGUGUGGCGCGUGAUGCGUUCCGUGUCGCCUUUGCGGCGCACUGGACUGCGCAGGACGUCGACGUGGUCGUGUGUCCGGCCUUUGUCGGGCCCGCGCCAGUGCAUGAGACGGGGCUGUACUGGAAUUAUGCGGCGUUUUGGAAUUAUCUUGAUUAUCCUGGAGUGGCUGUGCCGACGCCUGUCACGGUGCUGGCCAAGGGUGGGGAGGGCUUUGCGGCGGAGCAUGCGGUCCCGCUGAGCGACGAGUGCAGACAUGUCAGGCAGCUGUGGGGGGAGGGCGACUUCGAGGGCGCGCCGGUCGGGCUGCAGAUUGUGGCUAGGAGGCACCAUGACAAUGAGCUGUUUGGCGCGCUCCACGUCAUGAAGGAGGCGUUGGGCUUGAAGUAA